GCUAGGCCCAUGAAGAGCCCACAACGUUUGCUUGCUAGAGUUAGGGUUCCACUUCCACCGCACCACCUCCCCUCCUCUCUCGCCCUCGCCCUCGCCCUCGCCGUCGCCGCCGCCGCCGCACAGCACAGCACAGCAGGGGGGGUUUGUUGGGUGGUGAAGGAUGAGGCCGGUGUUCUGCGGCAACUUCGACUACGAGACGCGGCAAUCGGACCUGGAGCGCCUCUUCUCAAAGUACGGACCCAUCCGCCGCAUCGACAUGAAAUCCGGCUACGCCUUUGUCUACUUCCAAGACGAGCGCGAUGCGGAGGAUGCUAUAAGGCGCCUUAGCAACGCCGAGUUUGGCCAUACCAGCCGCAGGCUCUCCGUCGAAUGGUCAAGGCAAGAGGAGCCGGUGCCCAAGAACCGCGACAGGCCUACAGGGGCUGAUGCAAAGCCCACCAGGACGCUCUUUGUUAUCAACUUUGACCCCAUCCGCACCAAAGUCGUCGAUAUCGAGAGGCAUUUUGAGCCCUACGGCAAGAUUGCAAACAUUCGUAUCCGCAAGAACUUUGCUUUCGUGCAGUACGAGGCGCAGGAGGACGCCAGCGUAGCCGUCAACAAGACCGACAAGAGCACGAUAUUGGACAGGGUAGUGACGGUUGAAUACGCCUUCCGGGAUGAUGACAAUGAAAGAGAUGACAGACAUGGCAGUCCCAGGCGAGGCGGUGACAGAUACGGCAGCCCGAGACGAGGGGGUGACAGAUAUGGCAGUCCCAGACGAGGCGGUGACAGAUAUGGCAGUCCAAAAAGAGCUGACCAGGGCAGGCGUCCCUACGUGCGCUCCCCUAGCCCUAGGUACCGAAGUCCAGAUUACGAUCGCCGUCCACGUAAUUCUGGGUAUGAUCGCCGCGAUGGAGCACCCUAUGGUAGGAGCCGAAGCCCUGUGUAUGAUCAUUAUGAAAGAGGCAGGAGCCCCGGCUAUGGUCGUUAUUAGGGUGGAUCGAUUUCGAAGGAUCACAAAGGAAGGAAUCCCAGGGAGGAAGGAGGGUGCAUACGCUCAGACCCUUUUUGUCCGUGUGCUAGAAGAGCGAGGGAAGUGAAGGGCAAUGCAAUGCUAUUUUUUUCAUAUCAACACCACCUUGUGUAUUUGAGACGAAUAGUUGAUAUCAGGUGGGAUCAAGAUGUUUUAAGCGAUUGUUGGUCGAACUGGCAUGGAUGAUGUACGCGGUUACGCCUCUUAAUGGCCUCUUGACAAACUAAUGACCUGACACUUUGGAGAAGUAGUUUGUUUGUUUGUU